AUGGUGGCCACAAGCACAACUCAGUUACAGUCAGAGAAUAGUAAGGAUUCCACUUAUGAUAGAAUAGCUGAAGUCAAGGCCUUUGAGGAAACAAAACUUGGGGUGAAAGGGCUCGUAGAUUCUGGGAUCACAAAGAUCCCACGCAUGUUCCAUAAUGCCAAGGUGGAGGACCAUACUGAAACCACACCAAAUGACUCGAAGUUUAGUGUCCCAAUCAUAGAUCUUAAAGACAUAGACACAAAUUCAUCCCUGCGUGUUGAAGCAGUUGACAAGAUUAAAAGGGCAUGCCAGGAGUGGGGAUUUUUUCAGGUAGUGAAUCAUGGUAUUGGAGUUGAGGUUUUGGAUGAGAUGAUAUGUGGAAUCCGAAAGUUUCAUGAACAAGAUGCAGAGGUGAGAAAAAGCUUUUACUCAAGGGAUCGGAAUAAGAAAGUUAGAUAUUUCUGCAACGGUAGCCUUUUUAGAGACCCUGCUGCUAACUGGAAGGACACAGUUGCAUUUUUUAUUUCUCCUGACCCUCCAAAUCCAGAAGAAAUACCAGCAGUGUGCAGAGAUAUUGUUAUUGAAUAUUCAGAGAAAGUAAGGGCAUUAGGCUUUACAAUCUUUGAGCUAUUCUCAGAGGCUCUUGGCCUUCCUCCUUCCUACCUUAAUGAAUUGGACUCUGUUAAUGGACAAUUUAUUUUGGGUCAAUACUAUCCUCCAUGCCCUGAACCUGAAUUAACUAUGGGUACUUCAAAGCACACUGAUAUUAGCUUCAUGACAAUUCUUCUGCAAGACCAGAUAGGUGGUCUUCAAGUUCUUCAUGAGAAUCAGUGGGUUGAUGUUCAUCCAGUGCAUGGAUCUCUUAUUGUGAACAUUGGGGAUCUUCUGCAGCUUUUGACAAAUGACAUGUUCAUUAGUGUCUAUCAUCGGGUCUUAUCGAGGCAUAUAGGCCCCAGAACUUCAAUAGCAACCUUCUUUGCAAACACAUCCACACAGAGUUCAUCAAAGGUUGGUCCAAUAAAAGAAUUGUUAUCAGAAGACAAUUCACCAAUCUAUAGGGACACCACUAUAAAUGAUGUUAUGGCAUAUUAUCUUGAUAAAGGCCUCGACGGGAACUGUUCCGUGCACUCCUUCAGGUUGUGCAGUGAAUAUUAA